UAUGGAUUUAAAGGGUCAUGAACUGAGAAACCAAAAUUCCCUUGAUCUUUUGUCAUAUGAGGUCACUGUACCAUAAAAACAUCUAGCAACUCAAAACUUUGUCGUUAGUCUAAAAACAGCUUAUAUUAAAGACAGUCUGCCAAAACGACAGCUUUUGGAAUGUUCUACUCUAUGGUGUAAAAGUGUGGAUAAGCACCUCCUCCGCAGAAGGAGAUCAAUGCCUGCUCUGACAUCACUGCCUGUUUAGCCCCGCCCACCAAUUCACGAGUGUAGCGUUUACGAGAGAGACGAACGCGCAGGUCUAUGCAGAAACCAAAUGAUAAAAAUGGCUGAAGACACUGUGCAGUGCCAAGUCAUGGAAAAACAGUGUUUGCAUGGCAUUCCUUCUGAUCCCAACCAGGUCUUCAAAAUGAUUGCUUUUUUGAUACUUGUGGCUUUUGUCUUGCCUCAAAGUCACUCAGUGGAUCCUAACUCUAAGCCUUGUAUGCCAGCGAGGUACAACAACGCUCAUAAUGUUUUCCUCAAGCGCCAUAUUCCUGAGGAUGUGCCAAAAACGUGGGACAAUAACGCUUGGGAAACUUUCCUGAGGAAAAUUAAAACGUGUGGCAGACCAACGCAGUCGUUCUUCCGUGCCAGCGAGAAACAGCGAGUGGAAAAUGUGUGUACUAAAGCUGGGGGUAAGACCCUGUCCAGUAACCUGUGUAUCAGUAAAGAGCAAUUCUCCUUUGUAACGGUGCGGAUCGAUGUCGAUGAAGGCGUGUGUGGGAUCAGAAACAUCCGCAAUGAGACCAAAUACAUCAUUCUCGCUUGUGAACAGAUAGGAGAUGCCUGUCAACCGGUUCAUUUCGAAGGAAACCCUAAAAACACAGCGCCAAGCAAUAACCAGCUGGACUGCGGUUCUAAAGGGAACUCGGGGACUAAAACUACCGUGAUAAAUGUGUUUGCUUUCCUGUUGACUUCGGUAGUGAUGGUUUACAUUUUGUAAGAGUCAAAGCUAUAUUUGUAAUGCUACUUCUAAAAAAAAGCAUGUACUUCUUUGUUGUUUUUAUAAUUGUUUGUUUUUAACAUUUGUUACAGUAAAACCAUUUUAAAACAUAAUGUGUUAAUAUCUGUGCAUACAAAUAAUAGAUUGGCAUAUUGGGAAGCUGUUACCUCAACAACUGAAUUAUUUAAUGGCUGAAUGCACCUACCGUAUUCCAUAUGGGCCAUGUUUUAUUAAUGAGCAAAAUCGCUUUAAAAAAAAAAAAAAAAAAUCCAUAGGCCUAUGCUUUCUGUGUUUGGAGAUUUGCUCCAUGGCUCAAAUUUGUCUUGCAAGGUUCCUGUGAAACAGGUGGUUCGGUGUUAGGAAGUUAAGGUAGAACAGAAACCAUAACCGAGACGACUGAGGUGAAAUUAGCUAAGCAGCAUUUUAAAAUGCAGAAGUGAUAGGCUAUGUUGUGGUAUUGGGGGCACAGAACAUUAGUAAUAUUAUUGGGUCAUGAUCUUUCAUAAUAGUGGCGCCUGCAGGUGUACGGCUGACCGCUCAGACUGACCUGAGAUUUGCCCCACAAACAUUUCAGCAGUAAAUUAUAGGCCCGUGUGUCCCGUAUUUCUGUCGAUUGAACCAGCCAUGCCAUUAAUAAUGAAUGUAUCAGUCUUUUGCAUGCCAAAGUCAAUUUCUGCUUAUAAACAUUAAGUCAAAUAGAAAGAGAAAAUCGUGCUACACGCACUUUCGUGAGAUCGGGUUAGACUACAACAAUUAAUUUGUAGCCUAUUUUACAAAUGGGAAUACAACGAAUUCAUGACAAUGUUUUACAUUCAAGCUACCCGUAAAAUUUAUAGUGAAAAGUUCUUUAAAAUCAUCCGGAAUGCAAUAAAGUAAUUUUUAAAGCUGUUUGUAAAGCAUUUGCUGCAUGGAUUAAAAAAUAGGCUUAUAAAUAAUUCACAUAUCAGACAAAAUUGCUUUGCAGAAAACCCUUUAAAUUUUAAGGAAUUAAGAGCAGAGCAACAUAAAAAUCAGAAAAAAAUAUAAUCGGGCCUGUUUUAGGCUUUUCCUUAUUUUUAUAUUUUAGACGGUGAUGAAAAAUGACUCGCCAUUGGACUUGCCUUUAGAGAGAAAUGCAUCUUUACUGAUUACAUAAUGAAAGAGUUUUUGUUUUCGAUUUGAAUUAUUUCAUUUUAAAGUAGUAAUUUAAAGCUUUCUAUAGAUGUAUUUAUCAUAUUUGUGACUCAAUUCGUUGAGUUUCGGUUCAUCAUUGUGAAGCACUCCUAUUCAAGACAAGACAGAAAGCGCAUCCUCUGUUUUCCUAUUUAUUUUAUAAAAGCACAACAUUUUGUUGAUAUUGUGAGUGCACACAAAUAAAAGUAGACCCUUUACAGUUCCGAAAGAUGUAUUACUCUUACCUUUAUGAGCAAAAAUUAGGGCCGUAUUUUAAGUUAUUUCCGCUAUCAAGAAAAAAAUGCAAGUGACCGCUCUGUCGCCUCCAUGUCCUGCAAAGUGCGCUUCAGCUUCCACUCUUCACACAAACGAUUAGAUAUGCACCUAGCACAUUUAUAUAGUUCAAACAUUUAAACUAACAUUGUGAUAUGCUUGAACUGUUUAUAUCUAUAGAUUUUAUUUUAGGCAAGUCUUGAUGAUUUGAGAAGGCUAUCAAAUAGGCUAUGAUCAGCUCACUGUCUGCCGCUGGCCACUUGGUUGUUACUUGAAAAAAACAACAAAAAAAAUGUACAUUUAACGAACAAACUGCUCCAAACGUUUUUAUAAAUUAACUUUAUAAAAAACGAAACAAAAUACAAUCACUUUACCAUCACAUAAGACCUCUGUGCGUAUCCUCGGAAGAAAUCCUGCAGGCGCCCCUGUUUCAUAACAUGACAUUAUUAUUAGAUUAAGGACUACUGUAACAUUUUUUGUAAUUGUAACACUAGUUGGGGUAAUUUGUAACAAUAAGUGUAGCCUAAAUAAGAAAAAAAAAAAAAAAACUUUAGGCCUAUACAAGCUGAAUUAUAACAUAGACUAGGCUACUAGGGGAGGCCGUUUAUGGUUGUAACCACUGAUCUAUAAUAGAGUCAUUAUAUAUAGAUCAGUGGUUGUAACACACUUUGUUUCAACAUCUGUAACUCGCUGAAUUUUUGAGCUGGAGUGCUCAAGCGUUUAUACAAAGUAUACAAAAUACCCUUUGUUACAAUGUACCCCACUACUGCGGUAGGUUGGAACACAUACUGGGGUAAGUUGUAACAGUCAGACAAAUGAAGCAAAAACAACAGUCACCUCAUAAAGUUUGCUCCAAAAACAGAUUUAUUGAAACAAUCAAAAAGAACAAUACAAAACAAUGUUGUACUUUCUACACAUCCGAUCCACUUUCUGUUCGAUGCAGGAGUGUGUGUGUGUGUGUGUGUGUAUAAAUUAGACUACUAGAACAAAUCUCCUUAACAGUAUUUAUGCUUACUGAACACUCAACUCCAGUGUACCUAGGUAAAGAAUAUGUAGAUCUAACAAAAAACUGUGUAAAUGUGUGUGUGAGAUUGUGACUACGUAUGAAUUUUCUCAAGGGUGACAAACCAAUGCUUUUAACCCUAGAGUGCAGACUUGGUGGAUCCAGAAACUGCAUAGGGCACAUUUUAUCCACACUUUCUUUGGCUUUGAGCUUCAUAUAGAGCUCCAGACAACAUGAAAGUUCUCCGUUCUAUGUAAGGGAAUGCUAAAAUGUGUUACAACGUACCCCACUCUUGUCAUCCAAUGUUUAGUUAGCUGUAUUAGCAUUAUGAUUUGAAAUUAGCAGUAAGUACUAAGUAAAAUAUAGUUUUGAUAUCAAAAUCAGUUUUUUCUUUAUAAAAUCUGCUUAUACAUAUUUAUAGCCUUGACAAACAUUCAUAUAAAAUCAGGGUGGAAGUGGGUAAAUAAUUAAAUUAUUAGGACUCCUUGCUUGUCCCUGAUAGGUGGAAAUAGGGUUGUUUCAACUCUUCCCAUGUUACACCAUACCGGAUCUCCCCCUACUUGAUAUUUAAAGAUCCAAGUGCAUUUAUUUUCCUGUUUCAUGGGAUUGUAGACGUUUUGUAACACACUGUAAUUCGAACAGAUUUCCAUAUCUUUUAAACUGUAAAUUCCUGGCUGCAAUGUGCUCCAGGUGCAAUGUGAACAAUCGUAAAACUGCACUGUUAUUUAAAUGCACAUGUUUGCCGCCAGGGGUCUCUUGUUCUCCGCAUUUUACUCGAUUGACUGAACAGA